AUGGAACGUCUCAAGGUGAAGAGGACGUCGCGAAGGAGACAAGCUACGAGACUUGUGGGAGAAGCCAAGACUGCACUGAGCAGCACUCCUAAUGAUCGGAAGACCGUCGAAAGCUUGUUGGAACGUCUACGCGUGAACCUUGAAGAGCUGAAAGAGAUCAAUUCCGAGUUUGAAGGUCAUCUCAAGGACGAUGAAUUAGAGGUGGAAUAUGAAAUGGCUCUGGAAUACGAAGAAAACUCUAUAAAGGAAAUGUCUAACCUACGUGUCGCCUUGCAAGAGCUCACCUCAGUGUCGACGCCUGCCACUCAGGUGGCCGCUCCAACAAAUGUGGCACUACUUGGGACUCAGUCUGCCGCUCACACGCCGUCGCUUCAUGGCAAUCACGCUGGGACCCGUCUGCCAAAACUUCAACUGAUGCAUUUCCGAGGUGACCUAUCGGAGUGGCUUCCCUUUUGGGAACAAUUCAAAGGAACCGUACAUAACAACAGUAACCUUUCACAACCAGAGAAGUUCUUCUACUUAAGGUCACUGUUGGAUGGAGCAGCUGCAGCCGCCAUAUCAGGUCUACAAGCUUCGGAGGUGUGCUACAACGAUGCCAUUGAAAUCUUGAUGGAAAGAUUUGGAGACAAGCGUCGCAUUGAAAGGCAGUACCUGACCAAACUGAGGACAUUGCCUCCAAUGAAAACUCACAAAGAUUUUCGGGGGCUUAGGAAGCUAUAUGAUCAAGUUCAAGCAAACGUGCGAGGUCUCAAAGCACUGGGUGUGGAAAGCAGCUCCUUUGCAACAAUGCUGACAGAUACUAUCCUUUCAGCGUUGCCUACUGAAAUGGCCAUGGAAUAUUAUCGUACUGAGAAGAGAGGCCAGCAGCUUGGCACAGCAAGUUUGGAAGGCAAUGGAGACGAGACCAAUGCCGGAGUGAGUACCGCUGGAAGAGAGAUUGUUGGAACUACGGAGUUAGAUCGAAUUCUAAAGUUUCUCCUAAUUGAAAUCGAAAGCUUUGAGCACCUCAAGUUCAAUGGAUGUGCCUAUGUCGACAACGAGAUGAGAGGACAUCAGAGGCAAGGUGAUCGACAGAAUUCAAACAAUGGUGGAUUCAAGACACGACCGGCAGCGUCAGUUCUCCACACCACUGCUCGGGAAAUGACCAACGAUUGCAUAUUUUGCAACACCUCGCGACACAUAACGGAGCUGUGCGACGCAGACAUCCCGCUGGCAGAGAAGAAAACUACUCUUGCAGCUCAAAAGCGAUGCUUCCGUUGUACGAAACAUGGACAUCAUGCAAGAAUGUGUAGGAAGAAAAUAACCUGCUCUGCAUGCGGAGGAAGGCACGUAAGGACGAUGUGCGAUCCUUUGUGGAAACCAAGUGAACAGACAAAAGUGAAAGAAGUCGUCAGUACUAGCAUGCACACGAGUGGGACUGGCGAAGAUGUGAAGACAGGUACUGUCGUCUUACUUCAAACGUUCAGGGCAUUGGGCCGUAGCUGA